UUUUGACAACUGACAGUUUGUUGUUCCUUAUGUCAAACCUUUUUCAUUAAUUUUUGUAUGAUAUCGUUAUUUUUUAACAAAAAUGAGCGUUGUAAGAGAAAAACACGAUCUACAAUCAAACAAAAUAUUAGGUCCAGUUGAAAACAACAAGAUCAUCACGCCGGACGAUGUUUUGCAUUUGACAAAAAUCACCGAUACUUAUUUGUGCGAUCCAGACGCCAAUAUCUACGAUAUAGACUUUACUAGGUUCAAAAUUAGAGAUCUAGAAAGCGGAGCUGUACUGUUCGAAAUAGCAAAACCCUUGCCGGAAAACGUGGACGAAAAUUCUGAUAAAAAUACGGAAAACGAAGAGCCUCUGGAUCCAAAUUCUGGUAGAUUUGUGAGAUACCAAUUCACGCCGCAGUUCUUGAAACUGAAAACUGUGGGGGCCACAGUUGAAUUCACGGUUGGAAGUAGGCCUGUCAAUAGAUUCAGGAUGAUUGAAAGGCAUUUCUUCAGAGAUAAGUUGCUCAAGACUUUUGAUUUUGAAUUUGGAUUCUGCAUUCCUUACUCUACCAACACUUGCGAACAUAUUUAUGAAUUUCCAACACUUUCUCCCGACUUAGUGAAGGAAAUGAUUGCAGCACCAUUUGAAACAAGAUCUGAUAGCUUCUAUUUUGUUGAUGAUCGCCUUAUUAUGCACAACAAAGCAGAUUACGCAUACAAUGGUGGUAUGUCAUCUCAGACUUAAGUUGUCGUUUUUACAGGGUCUUUUUUAUCAACUGAACAAUAAUUAUCUGAAUUUUCAUACACCUAAAAGGAAAGGUUUUUUCUUCUACUUGCAGGCAUCAAAUCAAACAAUCCUAUAAAUUUUGAUAUUUGUUUGUUAUAAUGUUGGAUGUUAGGCUUUUCUGGAACCUUUAAAGUACUGGCUGUUCAGUUGCAAGAAUAUUAACUUAAUGCUAUUUAUAUUUGCUACAUUUAUUUUAUAUAUUUUGCUAUAAAAUAAUUUUUUUUUCGAGAUGCCUGUUGAAAGUAAUUGGUCUAAGGGGCUUUCUUAGCUGUCUCACAAGCUUCAACUCGCAUAUAAAGCACAAUAUUAUCACUGUAAUUUGCUUUACAAAAAACUUGUCAAAGUAUAUCUUCUAAUAUAUAAACACAUUCAUAUAGAAUAUAGAAAGGAAUUUAUAUAGUUAGGUUCCUCUAUUUUGUUGAAAUAAGUUUUUGAACUAUCUAAUCAAAAAUUUAUGUUUGUGAUCAAAGAUUUAGACAAAUUUUUAAAAUUAGCCUAUAGUUAAUUCCAAUAAAUAUUUAGAGUUAACAUACUCGCCAAAUACUUCUAAUUUACAUUCCUACUGAAAGUAAAUAUACUCCAUAUUACAAGGUCAAUUUGAAAUUCGAGACAUCUCCCAGAAAUGUUUCCCCAAAGAUUUAUCAAUGUUUUGAAUAUUGUGGGUUACAUUGGAAACAAUACUUUUCAAAUUGAUCAAGAUAGAAAAUACAUUCUUUCAUAAUUUAAAUUAGAUGUCUCCAAAUUUCAUAUUGAUCAACUAAUUGAAUGCAAAUCCUUUUCAUAGAGGAAAACCUAUACUGCAUAUUGUUAUUUCAGGAUUUUUGUGGCCAAUCUUUUGUGCAUGAUGAUCAAUAUUGAAUGUUGUCUGUUUUUUUCAGGUGUUUUCUAUGGAUUAAUUUUUUACAAAGAAUAAACUAUUUAUAGAUUUAUUGUACUAAAAAUAUAUGUAUGAAACUAUA